GGCAAAACAACGCCGGUUGCUUCUCCGAUUGUUGCAAAUCUAGUUGUUAGGUUCCUCACGGCUCACAAACUGUCCCUUUGCAGCUUGCCAACAACAGCUAGCUACCAACCCGCACCAACGGAAACAUACAUCAUGAACAGAAUCCUAGCUUUGACCCUACUGGCCGUCAUGGUCCUCGCCAUGGUUUCAACUGUCCAUGCUGAACAUGAAGCUGCAAACUCGGCGGCAAAGAAGAAGCAACAUGUUGAUCUGAGAAGACCAUUGAUGAAUGGCCUUCCAUUCAAAGUUAAAGUUGGUGGUAAUGGCAGCAGUGACAGUAGCAGUGCCAGCGACGAGGACAGCGACGAGGACAGUGACGACGACGAGGAAGGCGAGGACGAUACGACUAUCACCGAAAGCAAAGAUUAGAAAAGUCUCGUUUGACCGUCUCCUUUGUCGACACAAGUGUUUGGUUGGUUGUGGCGCGCUUCCCGGUACCAGUACAUUGGAUGUGGUCGGUGAGGCCCUUGUGGGCGCCAAUUAGCAAUCCUACGAAAGAGCACAAAGCUAGUAAUAGAAAUUUCUACGUGUUGGUC